CGUAAUAUUUAUUAUCAAGAUGAAAAUGAAAAUGCAAUAAUAAUUUAUAUGUUUCACUAUAUACGAACAUAAGCUUAUGCAGCUUUCGUAAAUAGCGUUGCAAUUGUAAAACCGUUCAUAACUAAAUUGCAGUUUGUAUGUACAUAAAGUAUCCUGAAAUAUGUACUGUAAAUAGAAAAGAGAACAGAGAAUGUUAGCCUUGAAGUACUUUCGAUUGCAACUCGAGUGAUUUUCAAAGAGUUGCCUGUUGCGAUCGACGAAUCCGGUGCACUGCAUCGAUUGUUAGUGAUAAAUGUGUCAUCGAUGAACAUUUAAUUUUUGGGAUCGUUCAAAAUUCUUCGAUGGUUUUAAAUCUUCAUGAACCUGGACCGUUAUGUCGCUACACUGUUUAAAUCAAAGUCGUUGAUUCUUGGAAAGAAGUAACAUUGUUCAACUGCAUCAUGAGUGCAUUAUGGAGAGAAUAUAAACUGGAGGCCACUGGACCAGCUAUUAUGGAAAGUCUGGAUAGUAUGUGUAUUUGCAACAGAAAUGGACAUCAUACCAGUUAUAAUUUUAUAAAUGGAGUUUCUGAAAAUGGAGUAUAUAUGAAAUGUCAGUGUAACGAGCGUAGGAGUUUCUUAUUAAUAGAUGGACAAGAAAAUCUUAGGGUUUCCAGUGCGGAACAAUUUGUUGAAAAGUUAAAUUGUGAUCAAAAAGAUCUGAAAGUAAAAGUGAUAUCGAUUUUUGGGAAUACCGGCGAUGGCAAGAGUCAUACGUUGAAUCAGACAUUUUUUAAAGGAGAAGAAGUCUUUAAGACUUCAAACGAUCAAAGCUCUUGUACAUUAGGUGUUUGGGUUGCGUUUGAUCCAGUUCUUAAAGUGAUUUGUUUGGAUACAGAAGGUUUACUAGGUGUUACUAUGCACGAGAAUGAAAGAACAAGACUGUUGCUUAAAGUGCUUGCUGUGUCCGAUAUUGUUGUAUAUAGGACACAAUCGGAAAGACUAAACAGGGAUUUAUUUAUGUUUCUCGGUAGUGCUUCAAGAGCUUAUAGUCAACAUUUUCAAGCUGCUUUACAAGCAAUAGGACAAAGAGAAGGAGUUUCAAACUCUUUAAGUGCCCUGGGACCAAGCAUUAUAGUAUUACAUGAAACUAGAUACACCAGACCUUUGACCAAUAAUGGUGUAGAAAGUGCAGAAGACAUUCUUAUAACGCGAUUUGCUCAAAUGAAACUUGAAACAGAAGCAUAUAGUUCCAUAAAAUAUGUUGGUUUACAUACAACAAACUCCACAACCGAUUACGAACCUUUGCAAAAUGCUAUUAAGAAGGAAUUAAAUAAUACAUCUGUUCGAUCAGCUAGGAAACCACAUUUAGUUUAUAAUACAUUAAGAGUAUUAAAUGAUCAGUUUUCUGGGGAAAUGGAAAAUUUCACUGACAUUUUAUUUCCUGAUCAGUAUUUUACCUGUCCUGUUAAAUGUCUUAGCUGUGGAUGCAGAUGUAGUAAUAGCAUGGGACACCUUAGAGAGGAUAAACCUCACAGUAGUAAUACCAGGUGUCGGUACCAGCAUCAGUAUGAAAAUUUAGUAUAUAUAUGUAAAAAGUGUUACAGCAAUGGCAAUGAAGUACAAGUUAUAAAACGAAUUCAAACAGAAAACGAUAAUAGUUGGUAUGGAUUAGUCAAGUAUGCAUGGUCAGGAGAUGUAAUAGAGUGUCCACAUUGUGGAGAAAUAUAUAGAAGUCGUCAAUAUUGGUAUGGUAAUAAAAAUCCGGAAGAAUUCGCCGUUCUUACCGAAGUUACACAUGUAUGGAAUACGGCAAAUAAUUCAGUAACGACUCAAAACACAGCACAAAGGGUAAUCGAUGGCGUGUCAUAUAUUACUGAAGCUGUAACUAACGUUUCGUUACAACCAACAAAGGUGCUGUCAGCAUGGGUUGCGGACCAGGUAGCACCAUCUUACUGGAGACCUAAUAACGAAAUCAAACACUGUCACAAGUGUAAAACGAUAUUUGGAUCAACGGAUACGAAACAUCAUUGCCGAGCAUGUGGCGAAGGCUUUUGUUCGCAGUGUUCAUCCAAAACAAAGUGUGUUCCAUUUAGAAAUUGGCACACACCAGUACGAGUCUGUGAUAUCUGUUAUAAUAAAGAUACAAAUUCCAAUGAAGAAACUACGGAAUCUUCGGAUGAUGUGAGCGCCAGAAAAGUAUCAGAACAAGUAGUAUCUACUCUAAGCGCAGUUGGAAGUGUUUUGAAUUAUUCGAAAUCGUUCAUAAAGGACACAGUUCGACCCUCUUAUUGGAUUCCCGAUUCAGAAGUUGUCAGUUGUUGCAUAUGCUACCAGAAUUUUUCUGCAGCACUUCCUCUACAUCAUUGCCGAGAUUGUGGACGUGGAGUGUGCCAAGAUUGUUCGCAACAUCGUAAGCCUGUACCGCAUAGGGGUUGGGAUAAACCAGUACGUGUAUGUGAUUCUUGUAUAAAAAUUGACUAAGAGAUAGAUAAAACGUUGAUAGAACGUGACUUUGUUUCAAAUAUUGUUGAUUGUAUCUGCACAAUAUACAAAACUAAACAUUCAUAAAACGAAAAAAUAUUUUUUUCAAAUUUUGUAUAAACCUCUUGCAAGUCAUACAUAUUAUCUGACGAGAUUUCUAUAUAUUCUUGUAGCUUCUAUUUUCAUCGUGAAAUUAAACAUUUUUUGUCAUUGGAUCAAUUAAAAAUGAAUGUUUUAAUACAUUGUUGUAAAGGACUUUUCCUAUGGAUUGUGCCAUGAAUGUAUCUAUCUUUUUUACAAAACGUGUUAUAAAAAAAAAUGAUUAUAAUUUAUUAUUAAACACAAAAAAAAUCGAACGUAUUGUACAUACUGUUAAGGAAGUAAUUACUAAAGUUAUAAUAUCACAGUAUAAAGUAUAGUGCAGUAUAUUGUAGCAGUAUGUAUGAAAUUAUAAUAGUAUGAAAUAAUAUUCUUAUGAACGAUACGAGGCGAAUUGUUACUAGUAUCGCGGUUUAUUGUAACUGUUUUAUCUUUUUUUUAAUUAAGAUUUCAAACAAAGCAUUUGUCGAUUUUAUUUAGUAUAAUUCUCAGUAUCUUUAUGGUUUGAUAUUUAAAGAGAAAAAAAAAGAGGAAGAAAGUAAGAAACUAUUAAUUUUUGUUGAGCUAUGUAAAUCAUACGGGUUUAAGAUGACAAAAUAAAUUGUAAAAUCUUAAACGAA